UCAUCUGAUCUGAGGCUGGUUUAGUUUACGAUGUAGAGAGAAGCUGCAAGAAAACUAAAAUAAAGGAGGAAGUGUGAACAGGAAGUUACAUCAUCACUGAUCAGUUUUCUGACAGAACGAUCAGCAUUAAGAGUAAAUGCUCAGGAUGGUUCCUGGAGCUUCAUGUUCCUGCUGCCAAGAGCCGCGGCCCAAACGAUCCGGUACCGGUUUGGAUCGACCUGUGCGGUGAGAGGAUCGACUGUCAUCCUGCCCUGUUACUUCACUCCUCUGAAAUCUUUCUCUCAUGGAGGAAGAGAGAUUCCUCUGAGGAUCGUCAGAGUUCUCUGGUGUAAGAAUCAUCAGAUCUGUCAUAAAACGACUCCGUCUGUUUACGACAGCAACUCAACAGCCAGAGAGCCUCGGUUUCAUUACCUGGGCAACAUGGAGGCAAACUGCACUCUGCAGAUCAGAGACAUUAGGAUGGAGGACAAGGGAACCUUUAGAUUCAGGAUGGAAGCGGAUAAUUCUGCUGGACAUUUUACAAACCAGGCUGGAGUCCGAAUCUCAGUGGCUGAUCUGAUCAAGAUGAAGUUAAAGAGCUCCAGCAAGAGGUCAGAGGUCAGCAGAGGUCAAACUGUCUCCCUGCAGUGCACCACUUCUACCUGCACCUUCACUCACCUGGAGGUCACCUGGAGGAAAGAUGGCCACGCCCUCCCAGGGAACGGCUCCGCCCUCCAGCUCGGCCCUCUGACCGCAAAGGAUUCUGGGAACUACAGCUGUGCUCUGAGGGGGAACAUGGAGACCCAAUCAGAGCCGUUCAGCCUGCAGGUGGAGGAAAAGGAGGAAGAGGAGGAGGAAGGUUGGUUCUGGUUUCACCUGGAGACGUUUUCAGCAAUCAGAGACAAUCCUCUCUACUUUUAAGACAAUAUUAUAUCUGGUUCUUCAGAACCGAACUUCCAGCUGGAAGCCAGAGGUCCGGCCCAAAGCAUGGAGCAGCUAGCAAUGUGUUCAGUGCCAUUAGGAUUUUAUUACACAUGAAACAUGUAGGUUUCAUAUAAUUGAGUUCAACUCUAACACUGCUGGAGUUGACAGGUCAAAUCUUACAGAUUAUUUAGUUUAUUAUUUAGGUGCAGGAAACCAAUCCGUCAUGGUGAAGAGAGAGCCGAGUCACAAAGUGAAGCUCUCGAUUUACUGGUCGCUCUUCGUUCCCACCCUCAUCCAUAGUCAUGAGCUUUGGGUCAUGACCUAAAGA